AUGCCAAGCUUCACCAUUGCUCAAAUUAGACGCACUCCCUGCGAGAUUGACAGUAAUACACGGAAUGUUCUUCGACGCUCUUUACAAAGAACUUGGGACACCUUUGAAUCUAACCCAUUGCGCUUAACACCUUCUGAUGCCGGUAACGGAGGUAUCUUUGAGCUCAUGAAGUACCUGCUGGCGCCAAAGUGGAUCUUUGGUGUCUUCCGCACCACAGUUGGCGCAGCGGAGGGGCGUGAAUCACAGUUAAUCUCCCUUCAGUGGAUGGGCGGCAAGCUGCGGAGGUGGUGUGUGAAGGGCCAACAACGCGCGUCUUUUCCAAGAUGGCCGCCAUUUUGGUGCAGUAUCACUUAUGAGAUUUGA